AUGGGUGAAUCAAUCGAUCCGGAAAAUCCAGACACCUCAGAAUCGUCGAAAUUUUUCGGGAUUUUCAAGAAUCCCGACCCGGGAUUCACACAAACCUCAAUUUCACUUUUCACCAACUUCAUGCUGGCCAAUAUGUUUGUGUAUGGUGUGACGGGGAGGGCGAAGUUGGCGUAUGUGGCGAGUAUGGUGUCGAUUCCGUGUUCGGUGAUUUUGAGUGUUAGGUUGGUGAUUUUUGGAAAUUCUAGUGAAAAAACAUGGAAAAUCUCGAAAUUUUGUCUAAAAACUCACAUUUUCCAAUCAAAAUUCAAAAAAGAAAUGAUUUUCAAAAUUUCGAAAUCCAAAACUGUGACGUCAUAGGUCACGUUUCACCCAAAUUUUUCCAGAGAUUCGCAAAAAGACUACGAAAAAUGGAAAGAGAUGCGAUUGUUGCGGUUGAAAGGUGUUCCCGAGCGAUUUAUGCCGUAUAAAUGUAAAUAUGAUUGGACGGAUUAUGAUUUGCGAAAAUUGCGGGCCGAAAAUUAA